AUGAACUACAAAGCAUUGAAAAAAAUUAUCAACAGUUUACAGAAUGCUCCCAAUGGCAAUGAUAGACCAAUGCCCCCAACAUCAAUCACAAUUGCUGCUAGACCACCUCCGAUAUACACAGAAGCAGUUCAGAUCGAUGAAACCCAGACUUUUUUGCAUAAGCAGAAAGCCUCUUUCUUCUUUAGGCUCGAACGUGAGUUGGAAAAAGUAAACACUUUUUAUUUGCGCAAGGAAAACGACUUCAAAGUUCGUUUACGUACAUUGAUUGACAAGAAGAAAUUCUUGCUUACACGUGAGAAGAGGUUAUCUGCUGGAUCAGCUUCUAUUACAGCAUUGAAAGAGGCGUUUCUUACGUUUCAGUUGGAUCUCAAUAAGCUGCAGCAAUUCAUAGAGAUUAAUGCAACAGGAUUUCGUAAAAUUCUCAAAAAAUGGGAUAAACGCAGUAAAUCAAGUACAAAAGAACUUUAUUUUGCCCGUCAAGUAGAAAGCCAACCAUGCUUUAAUAGAGACACUAUUACAGAGUUGGCAGACAGUGCUUCCGGAAAUAUAGUAGAAUUAGACAGUUUCACCAAUGGGCUGCCCAUCAACCACUUCCCAUCUCCAUCAACGCCAGAGAGAACCUUGCUGCGUACCCCCGAACAGUUAGAUGUAAUAGAUGACAUCGAAACAGAGCUAUUCAAGGCAAUAACAAGCGGGCCAUCUUCUGUAGGACAGGAAAUACUCGAACGUAUUCGCCAACAUCCAGAAGAUCGCCACUACGUCUCACGUGUAUUCUGGCGAGUAUGUUCAGAAGGUCCGCUAGAUGCUAUUCAGACACUAGUUAAUACUGGAUUCGUCGAUUUUACUUACAAAGAUGACAUCAGCGGAAGAACAUGUCUGCAUGAAGCAGCAAUAAUCGGUCGACUGUCACUAAUGAAGUUGUGUGUUGAACACGGAGUACAGAUAGAUUUGCAAGAUGUCUAUGGUCGUAGAUCAUUGCAUUAUGUUGCAAUGUAUGGACACAGUGAAGCUACAAGUUACCUUCUGUUGGCUGGCGCAAGCGUAUCGAGUUUUGAUAAUGAUGGAUUCAGUCCGUUAAUUUAUGCUAUUACCAAUGGAAAUACUGAAUGCGUGAAGAUCUUACUUGAUAAUAAGGCAUCUAUUAUGCCUCAGAAUGAAGGUGAUCAUAUUCCGUUGUCGCUCGCAUGUCAAUAUGGACACAAGGAUAUCGCAAUGUUAUUACUGGACAAAGGAGCAAAGAUAAUACCGGAUGCCGAGGGAUUGUCCCCAUUGCAUUUAUCUUGUCGCGAAGGCCACCACGAGCUAGCUAAAUUGCUAACAGAGAAAGGUGCCCUUCUUGAUACACCCGACAAAUACAACGGAUGGACCCCGAUAUUUUAUGCAGCAAGCGAGGGUCAUAUCGGAUGUGUCAAAGUAUUACUGACUGCUGGAUGUCAGGUGAAUAUAACAGAUGAAUUAGGCAAUACUCCGAUUUAUUAUGCUGCAUGGGAAGGUCAUAUUGAAUGCAUAAACCUACUGUCUGAUGCUGGUGGGAGAGCUGAAUCACAAGAGCCGCGGGAUGAGGCGACAACUUUAUCAACGGCCACCCGGGUUCCCACAACUUCUACAACAGCUCUUACUUCUAAUAUAUCUAUAUCUGAUACUUGCGUAAACAUGCACCCUCUUAUCCUCCCACCUCCAAUUAUCCCUCUUUGCAUAUAUGGUCACAACUAUCUCGACAAGAAAUACCACGUUCAAGUAACUCUUGGUCACCACUCUUCCAACCGACGACGUCCCCCUGUGCAUCUCUACGGUAAUAGCAAAAUAUCCUCCCUUAAACUGAUUAUAUCCUCAAAACCAGAUAUGGGCACUAUUCCACACAGUGUAAUACUUCCCCUUGGCGACGAUCGGGAGUUAUUCUCCUUUCAAGUCGAUUCAUUAAGUAACUUUUCGCUUGAGUUCGAUAUAUUUCCUACUUUUGGAUCACGCGUUAUUGGGAAGGGGGUUGCUCUUCCAUAUAUGUUCGAUGUAAGUGAUGGACGAGAGCGAAGAAAUAAUCUUGUUCAUGGUGGUACUGGUGGAAUAUGUAUAUGUCCAUUAUUUGAUACACAUUUGAAAGUUGUCGGUGAAGUAUCAUUUGAAUUCGCUAUUGUGAAACCGUUCCAAGAUGUUCGGUUAGAAAUUGGAGGCAGAGUAGAGACAUAUUGGAAAUCGACAAAUACUAUCACGCAUCCCGUAUCGAAUGAGCAAACACCACCACCACCGUUAGGAACUAGCGGAAUCAUUCAAUCGUUCAUCACUGCGACUUCGCUGUCUGGAGAGUAUGUCCAGGUGAUUGUGCAAGUGACGAGAGACAUGGUCGCGGUUGUUUAUCCCGAAUGGAUGCUUCCUGUGGAUGAAUUCGAUCUCAGUGUUUCCGACGUUACUCUGGACCAGUUUAAAUCUAUAGGAGAGAAAGAACUUCGUGAUGGAGGUGACCCUAUUGAUUUUAACUCUGCAAAGAAUACUUCCGAUUUGUCAAAGAUGAUUCGUAGAUCGUUCUUGUCAUUGAAAGAGUUGUUGACCAGUCUGCCUGCCUCCAUUGGAGUCAACUUGGAAAUCAAAUAUCCAACUGUGCGUGAGAUGGCGCGGUACUGGUUUUCUGACAUCCCGGAUAUCAAUAGUUACGUGGAUACGAUAUUGCAGACGGUGUAUGAUCAUGCUCAAAAUUAUCAUUUAAAGGAUGGAAGUGGAGAUCAGGCUGAAAGUAUGAAUGCAAGAAGAAUCAUGUUUUCAUCAUUUAAUCCAGCUAUUUGCACGGCUCUGAAUUGGAAACAACCAAAUUAUGCCGUAUUUUUCAAUUCCUAUUGCGGAUUCGGCGAUGAGCGCAUUUACCGUGGAAAGAAGCGAAAAUAUAGUGAUGAGAACAAAGACGACAAUGUUGAAGACUAUAAGGGGCGCGAUACUUCUAUUAAGGAGGCAGUCAAAUUUGCAAAGGGGAAUAAUCUUCUUGGGCUUAUUUGCGAGGCUACGCUGUUGGUGCAAGUACCAUCGCUAAUAACGUAUGCAAAAGAGGCCGGUUUGAUACUUACUACAUUCGGCACAUCCAAUAACGAUCCCCCUAACGUACGAUUGCAGAUACGCUAUGGAGUCGACGCGUUGAUGGUAGACGGUGUGAUAAGAUACAAUGGCUCAUUGAAUUAA